AUUUUCUGAUAUUGUUUGCCUGACGUUUGAUAGGACGAGAAUCUGAAAUCAAAUUUAAGAACCCUAACAAAACUUAUUCACCAUAAACCCUAGAAAUCCAAAAAUGGCGGCUUCACUAUUAAUUAAAACCCUAAGAUCAAUAAAGAACCCUAAUCUCACUAUACCUCUGAUUUGUUCUUCUACUCGCCAGCUCAGCUCCACCGCCACUGCUGAGCAAUCCGAUGAUUCGUCUUCCUCCUUUACCUUCUCCACCUCAUCCGAUGUAAAUAACGAUAAAAUCUACAUCAAGGGGCCUAAACAAGAGGCGUCGGCGUCUUCUGUGACGAUGCCCAUUACGUUCAUGACGGGGUCGAUUGUGGGAAAGAGGUUUUAUAAGAAAGUGAGUACGAGAGAGGCUGAUGAUGGGAAUGGAUGGACAGUGAUGCUUGAUUAUCGGACUCUGAAGACUCCAUCAAAGAGGCCUCUUAAGCUGCCAACUUUGGCAUUAGCCAAGGCCGUCGGUGCUGAGUGGGAAUAUCAGCAACUGGAUGGGAUUAGACCCUUCACCAUGCCACUCAUGAAACUUGCUUGUACCGCACUGGAGAGAGUUUCUCUUACUCGCCCAAAAAUUAUUGAUCAUUUGAUGAAGAAAUUUGAUCGAGAUUUUGUCUUUUGGCGCGCUCCUCAUGAUAAUGAUCGCACUAGUCCUGUUGACGAACGUCGGGUGGAGAAAAUUGAUCCUUUACUUAAUUGGCUAGAAUCAGAAUUUGGCUUUAAGCCUGUUGUGUUCUCAGGCAUUUUUGGUGGAAAGCAAGAGGAUGGUCUCAUAAAGGUUGUAGAGAACCUUUUGAAGAAAACAGAUGACUGUGAAUUGGCAGCAAUUGAUGCAAUUGCUGCAGCAGCACAUUCUUUAACAAUUGCUAUUGGGAUUUUUUGUGGAAAAUUGCAGCUUGAGGAAGCAAUUGAGUUGCUCAGACUUGAAGAAGAUUUACAGGUUGAUAGAUGGGGUCUGGCUGUGGCUCGGCGUGAUGUUGAUAUUGCUGAUCUCAGGGUGCAAAUCUCAUCAGCUGCUGUAUUCCUUGGUCUUUCUAGGAGGAUUUAAUUUCUAUACGUCCAUUACUCUGUUGAAUUAUUAUCCUUAGAGCUAGUGUUUGGCCACUAUUACUCCGUUGGACAUCUAGAACUUGGCAUAUAUUGCUUUGAAUUUUGUGAGAGUUUGCUGUGUGGCUGAUGGAAUAAUUGACUCUGGAGGUAGGCACAGAGAGAGAUGCCUUGUGCCAAAAAACAGAUAAUUCAUGCUAUAAGGUUGUGCUUUUCCUCAAGGCCAUAGGAAAAUAAACUCUAAUCUUUUUGUUCGGUUCAUGGGUGCACCUGCACCAGGUCAAGCACAAGUGAUGUGCGUUAACACCAUGAAUGCAAUUGGUGUUGCCUUGGAUUCUAAAUUCAGUGUAGGCAUUCUUCAGAAUGCCAAUGGUUAAUGCUAGGAGUAAUGGCUAUUUAAAAGCCUAAUGAGACCAGUGCAUGAUUGAAAAAUUGAAUCAAGUUUAAAAAUUAUAUUCUUUUGGCCUUCGAAUACUGAUGAUUAUGUUUGAUGUACAAUUUGAAAAAUGCAGUGCUUCAUUUUUAUC